AUGUGGUAUAUAAGGCCGCCUCUUGACACGAAGAGGUAUUACUUCACUAUGAAGCUCUUCCAGAUUUUAGUCGCGACCAUUGUUGCCACAACAUCGGCUGCCCCUUCAAGACCAAGUUUGUACUCAGGAAUCUGCUCCGCUGGCCAAGUGCUGCAUGUUGACGGCAGAUGCGUUACCCCACGCGAGAGCCGCAAAGUCUAUUUAUACAACGCACCACCCACACCUCCAAUUCCUUAUGGUCCACCACCGUAUAUCCCUGAGCCAACCAUAGACACAAACAUUGUGUUCAUCCAAACACCUGAACAAGGUCCAGGACCAGAGCCUAUCGUCAUACCUCCACCACAGACGAGGAGCGUCGUCUAUGUCCUCAACAGACAAACACCAGAGCAAGCGGAAGUGAUCCAAGUCCCAGCGCCUCCAGCAACCAGUCCUGAAGUUUACUUCGUGACCUACGCUGACGGUGAGAACCCAGUUCUUCCUAGCGGCGUUGACCUUCAGACUGCCUUGAAUACGGCUUCCCAGGGUGGAGGUCAAGUGAUUGGAGGAGGUGCUGGAAGUUUCGGAGGCGGCGCGGGAGGUUUCGGAGGAGGUGCUGGAGGUUUCGGAGGCGGCGCGGGAGGUUUCGGAGGCGGCGCUGGAGGUUUUGGAGGCGGCGUUGGAGGCUUUGGAGGCGGCGCUGGAGGUGCUGGAGGUAACUUCGGGGGCAGUGGUGGAUUCGGGGGCAGUGGAAGCGGAUUCAGCGGAGGCUCUGGCUCAAUAUCAUCGUUUUCCAGUCUUUAUAGAACACCUUAA